AUAUUUCAAGGCUUCGCUAGUAUUUUUAUUAUUAAGAAUAGCCUUUGAAUUAUAUUCAUAUAUUAUAUUUUAAGCAUUUCCUUCUAAAUUUUGAUGCAAUAUGAUUGAUAAUACUUGUAAAAACAAUGACUCAAAGCAAAAUGGAGAAACAGUUCAAAAUCAACAACUCCCCAAUAAUUUGCUUUUGGUCACAUCUUCAAAUAUUCCUCUAUCCUCUUCCCCAUUUAUAUCACAAAAUGGGCAUCUGCAAAAGCCUUCAUUUAAUAUAUUUGAAAAUAAGCACUCAAUAAUGACAAAUGAAGAACUUAAUCCACCACUAGAUCCUCAAAGUAUGACAAGGAAAGAUCUGACUAAAAUAUACGAAAGGCUCAAAUUAUCCCAGUAUGAACUUAACAAAGGAUGCCCCCUAACCACCAAAUUUGAAUUUUAUCCCAUGAGAAUUGAUGAUAAAAACAAUAUCACAGCUUAUAAAAUCUUCUAUUUGGCACCUUUAAAUACCUGUGGCAAUAAUUUUGAACAUACCAACAAUAGUUUAAGCCUAAAUUCCAAGCUCAAUGUAGUUACCAUCUUAUAUUCUGAGAUUCAAAUACCUACAUUUAGUGAUAAUUAUGUUGUUAGUGCAAAAAUAUAUCAUCAGGAUGCCAAUGAUUCUACAAUAAUUUUUGGUAGAAUGGAUAAAGAAAGCAAUGAUCUCACAAAUUUAAUAAAGAUAAAUAAUAAUGAUAAUUAUACUAACACAAAAAGUCAAAAUAUGUUUACAACAAUUAAUAGAUGCCCACGUUUUCCACUUUUAUCUACUGAAGUGUAUGAUGCUAAAAUCAGUCAAAAAUAUAUAUUUUAUGAUAAGAUGGUCAAAAACUAUUUCUUUUCCCAAAUAGUUAACAAUAAUCUUGACAAGGCUUCCUCAUCACUUAGUAAAGAAGAAAUUCUCUUGAGGGAACGCAAAAGAUUGCCAUCUUUAGAUCAAAAUCAAUCUUCAUCCUCCGCAACUCAGAGUGAUUUAUCACCCAACUUAACCUCUAUCACUGAUUUUGAGUACCUUUCCUCUACAAUUUUUACCAAGCAGAGUGCACAAAAUUGUAACCUGAAUUUUAAUGAAGGUUUAAAUCGGGCCAGAGUGGAUGAUUGUGGAUUACUCUUUUCCCUACAUUCUCAAAUAUUCACAGUUCCUGUCCAGGCACUGGGCUCUAGUCAUGAUAUGGGAACAUGCCCAACACCCUUGAACCUAAGUCAAACCACUCACCCAUAUGAUCUCAAGAUAUGUCCUGACGAUGCGGGCCUAUUGGCUUUUGUCAGCGAAAGAAAUUUAUUCGUCUUUGACACCAGAUCUUCCCAAUUUUUGCGUCUGACUUCCAGUCGAGAUAAAGACAUAAUGUGUGGGGUACCAUCUUUCGUGAUUCAAGAGGAAUUCGAUCGAUUCACCGGGUAUUAUUGGAAACCUACCAGACAACUCGUUAAUUACUCCAAUCAAAAUUCCGAAAAUAGAAUUUUCAAGUAUACGAUUUUAUACGAAGAAAAUGACGAAAGACUCGUGGAUACUCUCAAAAUUCCUACUGAUUUAUGCGAAAAUCUUGUCAAAAUGGAGGAACAAAAAUUCCCUAGACCCGGUUCAAUCAAUUCUAAAUCCGUCGUCAAGAUGGUAGAAUUUAUUCACGAUUCCUAUAGCUUCAAAUUUUUGCCCUUUCCAACUGUGAAUCUCGAACAUGAAAAUGUCGAUCAAAAUUUUGUAAUAAACUCGAUGCCGUCUUUCCAGUAUGACGAUCAUUUUAGAGAAGUUCUGGAUCUUGAGUACUUGGUUAGAUUCGGUUGGGUUCUGGAUACCAAUAUGAUAUGGUUACAGGGACUCAAUAGGGAACAAAGUACUUUGAAAACCUUCGUAAUAUCAACCGAUUCAUUUGUCAAAACCGGUGAUUCUCGGCAGAAUUUGAGCGGUUUAAACAAGGAUAAUAUUUGCGUUUACCCGCUAUAUCUCGAAACUAGUCAAUAUUGGAUCAACGUGAGCAAUAUACUGCAUUUCUUGGACCAGGGCGAUUCUCCUAAUAUUUCCGACCCAAUCAUCUCAUUUUUGAUUCUAAGCGAGGAAUCGGGCUUUAGGCAUCUUUAUAGAAUCGAAGCUCACGUCACGAACGCUUUUAAUACCAGCGGGCAUGUUUUCGCUCCCGAAAUCGCGUCAAAAAUUCAAUUAACUCACGGAGAAUGGAGUGUAGGUGGCGAUAAAAUUUGGGUGAACGAGAAGAAAGGAUUGCUACAUUUUAUGGCGAAUAAGGAUGGUCCUUUGGAAAAACACUUGUACGUUACAUCUUACUCAUGUCCAACAGAAUCGUACAGACUCACCAAGCUUGGUUGUUCCCAUAAUAUUCACAUGGAUAAAAAUUGCAAAAUAUUUGUGGAUUGUUUUAGCAACGCGGAGACUCCCACACAUAUAAACGUUUAUGAUAUCCACGACGCUGAAACCGGGAGUUUGGACCGGCUAGAAGUUUCCCUCAUAGCCGUCCUACAUCGCCCCGAUGAUUAUAAUAUUAAAAGGUACGCCCUUCCUCCUCCUCAAUUCUUUACCUUCCCGGUCAAACAUGAUAUCAUAAAUUACCAAAAUUUGGGCUUAUCAUUAAACAACGUGAUCACCAAAACUAGAAACGAUGAUGAUGAUGCUGAUAGUAAAAAAACUACGAUGUUGCAUGGCAUGAUAUUCAAGCCUUUUCGAAUUGAAAUAGAACCUAAUUUGAGUAAUUUGGCAAGCAUGGCAACUGAUAUAGCCAACUUCGAAAAGGAACUGCGUCACGAAUAUUGCUAUGAUGACGAAGAGAAUCUAGGCCACAAUAUCCGAAAUGCGGAUCACGGCUUGGCCUAUAAUGAUGGACCUGGUUGUGAAAUGGGUCAUUUGGAUCCUCAAAUGAGCGAAACUAACGGGUUAGGCAGCGAUUCGCUUACAGACACCAUUAAAAAUGACGGCUCGGGUCGGUCCAAAAACGGUCGGUUAGAACCUCGCGCCAUAAGUCCUAUUAAAACGGUCUUUAACACUAAUGGUCAUUUUAUUGAUCCGCAAGAAAGUUUACCGAUGGAAAAAGUUAACGAAAAGACUAAAAAGAAACCCACUCUGUUAUACCUAUAUGGCGGACCUCACGUUCAACAAGUCACCAAUACUUACAAAGGAAAUUUUUAUCUCAGAUUGUACAAUCUCAACGCCUUGGGUUUUACUUGCGUGGUUAUUGACAAUAGGGGAAGUUUUAAUAGGGGUAUAGCUUUCGAAGGAUUCAUCAAACAUAAAAUGGGUACUAUAGAAUUAGACGACCAAAUAGAGGGCCUCAAAUACAUCUCCGAAAAAACUGGUUUGAUUGAUAUGGAUCGAGUAGCCAUACAUGGCUGGUCUUACGGCGGAUACUUAUCUCUUAUGGGCCUAAUAACCAAACUCCAUUCCUUCAAAAUGGCUAUAUCAGGAGCUCCGGUUACUACCUGGUCUCAAUACGAUACUGGUUACACGGAGAGAUACAUGGGAGUUUUGACUGGAAGAUUUCCUAAUUCGAACAUCGUUGAAAAGGCUCAUUUAUUUCCGGACGAAGAAAACAGAUUGUUGUUAAUCCACGGACUGAUGGAUGAAAAUGUUCAUUUCCACAAUACCGCACUAUUGAUCCAGGAAUUGAUAAAGCACAACAAACCUUACAGACUAUUGAUUUAUCCUAAUGAAAGACAUGGAUUAAGAAAUUAUGACUCUUGCAAACAUUUCGAAAUAUCAUUUUUCAAAUUUUUAUGCGAUUAUCUCUAAAAUUUCAAUUUAAAAUAUUAUUUUAUAUUUUAAAAAAUUGUUAAAAAUUUAUCCCAAAACUUAAUAUGACUUUUAACAAUUUAAAAAAAUAUCAAUAAUUUUCUUGUAAAUUAAGUUUAUCGCGCGAUAUGGGAUUCUACCUUCAAUUUUAGUCAUGUUCAGUAUCAAAAUCCUAUCAGCAAAGGUUUUCCCCUAACCCAUUUACCUUAAAUACCAUAUUACAAAAAUUAAUUUUAUACAGUUUUUAUCAUCAAGUCACGAUGUUUCAAAAUACAUGAUAUUUGACUAGGAACUUUUAAAUUGCAAUUAUUUAUCAAAGUUUAGUCUUAAUUGCAUCUUUUUUAGACUUCUAAUAAGUCUUUGGAAUGUUAUGUAUAUUUUAUUAUAAUAUUGUAAUAUUUUAUAUGAUUAUUUUUAACCAUUUUCUGUAUAAA